ACUUUGUCAAGUUUAUCAACAUAUUGAUGAACGACAUAACCUUCCUGCUCGAGGAGGUUCUAGAACAUCUGAAGUAUAUACUCGAGUUGGAGGAAUUUAUUGACGCAUGUAAUGCUAUUUCGACGGAACAACUAGGAUCAAUAAUGGGGCAGCUGAUGGACAACGAGGAAAAAGUCAGAUUCUCUCUUAAAUUAGCCAAGAAAAUAGUUGCUAUGUUUCAUUAUUUAACGGUCGACAUUAAGGAACCGUUUCUACGACCGGAAUUAGUCGGACAAUUGUGUGCCAUGCUGAAUUUCAAUUUGCAACAGUUGUGCGGACCUAAGUAUAAAAAUUUGAGAAAACUGGAAAAAUACGGAUGGCAACCGAAGAAGUUAUUCAGUCAAUUGAUUGAUAUAUAUUUACAUCUUGACUGUGAUAAUUUUGCGGCUGCUUUAGCCAGUGAUGGACAUUUGUUUUGUAACGAGUUAUUCACCGACGCUACGAAUGAAUUAGAGAGAUUCGGCAUUAAAACUACGACGGAAAUGGAGAGUUUUGUAGCUCUCGCUGAGCGUGCGGCGGUAAUCGCAAGAGACAAUCGCGCGCGUGGCGACGCUCCUGAGGAAUUUCGGGAUCCAUUGAUGGACACUCUUAUGGAGGAUCCAGUCAAGCUACCGUCUGGUAUUGUUGUGGACAAAGCAGUUAUCAUUAGACAUUUACUCAACAGUGCCACGGAUCCUUUUAAUUGGCAGCCGCUUAGCGAAGAUAUGCUUGUGCCAAGUAAGUAAUACGUGUAUUGUUCAUAUUUUUCUCUUUUUUGAUAAAGUCAACUUUCUUUUAGUCUAAAUAUUGGUAACAUUUCAUAACAAUGCAUUUUCAU